AUGGGGGGCCUCGUGGCCAUCCCGCUGCUGCUGUCGCGGUUCCUCUGCGUCCCGCCCGGGCAGCCGGGCGACGAGGUGCGCAGCCACCUCGUCAGCACCAUCCUCUUCGUGUCCGGGAUGUGCACUCUGCUGCAGGCCACCGUCGGGAUCAGGCUGCCCAUCGUGCAGGGUGGCACCUUCACGUUCCUGGUGCCCAGCGUCGCGCUGCUCUCCCUGCCCGAGGGGGUGGCCCCCCCGGGACUCAACCACACGGCGGCGUCCGCCACCGCCAUCUCCUGGCAGGCUCGAAUCUGCGAGCUGCAGGGCGCCAUCAUGGUGGCCUCGUGCUUCCAAAUGCUGCUGGGCUGCUCGGGCGCGAUGGGCUGGCUGCUGCGCCUGGUGGGGCCGCUCUCCAUCGCGCCCACCGUGGCGCUCAUCGGCCUCUCGCUCGUGCGCUCGGCCGCUACCAGCGCCGGCCACCACUGGGGCGUGGCCUGCAUGACGAUCGCUCUCAUCGUGCUGUUCUCCCAGUACCUGCGCGACCUCCACGUGCCGCUGCUGCCCGCGUGGCGGGGCGGACCGCGCCUCAAGCCCUUGCCGAUCUUCAAGCUCUUCCCG